UUCAACCAGUACCACACUUUUUUUUCUGGCUCCAAAAUUCAGUGGGUCCUCAUGUUCUGGUCUGGAUUAGGCACACUCAUGUGAACAUACCCCAAGUCCUUCACCUGACAUGUUUCUGAACAUUCCUCAUAUCAUUAUAUCAUACUUAUCAGUAUUUAGAAAUUAGUGCAUGGCUUCACUUCACCGCUAUAUAUAUAUACAUGUCUGCAUUUUCUUCUGAUACCAAUUCGACCCAUAAAACAUUCAUCACUUCAUAUCUUUACACUUUGGUUCAUAUCUAUCCUUCUGCAUCAUGAAAACUGGUAACAGAUUUGUGGGGAUAGCUAAUGCCAAGCAGAAACUUCAGAGAACUCUUUCACAGAGAAUCAAAAUGGCUUCUGCUGUUGCUGAUGUUCCAAAAGGUCAUUUGGCAGUGUACGUUGGAGAGAACCAUAAGAGAUUCGUGAUUCCAAUAUCUUACCUGAGCCACCCUUUGUUCAGAGACUUGUUGGAUUGGGCUGAAGAAGAAUUCGGAUUCAACCAUCCAAUGGGUGGUCUCACUAUUCCAUGCACUGAACAUUACUUCAUUACUCUAACUUCUUCUCUUAGUUAAUUACUUGUUCAAAAGCCUGCAAUGGUUUCAUCAAUUUGACCAAUUGAACAUUGGCUAUUUUCAUUUUCCUAGUUCAUAGACAGAUAGGAGCAAUAAUAUCUGGUCUCGUCCAUUCAUUUUGUUCUGGAGAUUCUCCUUAAUCCAAUUGCAUCACAACCGAUGCCUUCAAAUUUUGUACAUAUAUCUCUCUGGCAUUGAGUUCAAGCAAAUUUAUGAUUCCAAAUGUUACUCUGAAAAUUGUUGAGUAUUGGGCUCCAACUGAUAACAAAGGCCUUUGAAUAUACUGGUUUAUUUUAGAGUAAAGUGUUCAACUUUUUCCACACUUAGAUUCGUCACUGUAAUAUUAUUUCCUUCAUUAUAUCAGCACAGCAAUUACAUCUAUACACUGUUAAUUGCAGUGGAGAACAGCAACAUGAGUAUAUACAGUUAACAAAGUAAAUUGUUUUAAAAUGACAGUUAUUUUAUAGAAAUCUUUUUGGCAUUAUAAUAUGUAUAGAGAAUAUUGCUUUUUCCUUGUAACUUAUAAAGGUUCUGUUCUGUGUAAAAGAAUUAUUAAGGUGAAAACAUGAACAGAAAAGAUAAC